AUGGACCUCAGAGCCUCUAUCUCCCUUCUGGUGCUGCUGCUUGGCCUGUCCAAGGCUCUGCCUUUCACAGCUGACAUUGAUGAAGAUGACUUUUUCCUAGAGGAGCCUGACAGUGUGGACUUGACCACACAGAUUUUGACUACCAACAAUGCUUCCAGUGAACUUCUAAUUGAGGGAGAUCUUGUGGUGCCAAAAACCAGGAAUGCUAUGGCUUGCUGGAACAGUAACUGCUUAUGGAGGAAGUCUGCUAAUGGGAAAGUUGAGGUGCCUUACAUAGUGAGCUCUGAUUUCUCUUAUUAUGAUGUGACAAAAAUGGAAAAAGCCAUGGCUACCUUCAGCAGUGAAACCUGUGUGCAGUUUGUUCCACGCUCAACUCAGGGUGACUACAUCAGCAUUGAGAACAAGGAUGGGUGCUACUCUUACCUUGGCAGGACAGGAGGCAGACAGGUGGUCUCUCUCUACAGGUACGGUUGUGUUUACCACGGCAUCAUUCAGCAUGAACUUCUCCACGCUCUGGGCUUCUACCAUGAGCAGUCCAGGAGUGACAGAGACCAGUAUGUGAGAAUCAACUGGGAAAAUAUCAGCUCAGCAACGGUUCGAAACUUCCAUAAACAAAACACCAACAACCUGGACACUCCAUAUGACUACUACUCUGUGAUGCAUUAUGGAAGCAAAACUUUCUCAGUCAACGGAUGGGAUACAAUCAGUACAAUUCCAAACCCAAAUGUGGCAAUCGGACAGAGACAUAGAAUGACUAAAACUGACAUCCUGAAGGUCAACAAACUGUAUGGCUGCUGUGAGUAUGACCUCAUGUAUAAAAGGAUUGUGAGAAACCGUAACUGGGAUUGCUGA